CUCUCUCAGUUUCUAAGAACUCGUCGAACGGAGACCAAAACAUGUAAAGGAAAGAAUGAGUCAGCUUUACAACAAUGUACUCUAAGUGAAACCUCGGGACCAGCUUCGAUGUUAAUCCAUAAUGCCUGUCCACACCAAGACCUUGGUAUUCGCAACUUUGCUUGCGUCCAUAACGAUUCUGCAAAGCCAUGAUAGUGCUGCAUAUGAUGACUUUAUGGAUGACCUUGAGGAUGCGGUGAAGGACCCAUCAGAUAACAAAAUAUUGACCGAUAAGGAUUUUGAACUGUAUGACGAAAAUGGUAAUGGCAAGCUGGACCACAAAGAGAUGGCCAAAUAUUUGAAAGAUGCUUUGGAAAUUGCUAAAAGAAAAGUUAAGCAAGUGGAAGCAACUCAAGAUAAGAACAUACCUAGACUGAACAGUCUCCACCUUUGUAUAGUGCUUAUCCUCACUGGAGCUACCAUCACUAUCAUUGCUACUGCAAUCCUGAAGAGGGCCCAUGCGAGGGAUGUUGAUCGAAAAGAACCUUCAGCGGAGGAUAUUAGAGCUGCUCGUCUCAGAAGUUUGGGUUACCAUAGCAACAGUGACACCAGUCUUAACAACUCUCAAAGAGCCACCCAAAGCACACCUACCUCUCCUCAAUCCCCCUCAACCCGGGUCACCCAAGCCAUCACUGACAGCAGAAGUGAAGAGAGCAAGUCUAAGGAAAAGACUGAAUUAAGGAAGAGAGUUAUUAACCCAAAAGUUGUGCAGAGAAGUGUUGAAAGUUUUGCAAUGAGAAAGGAACCCAAUUAUGAAACAGUUGCAGCCAAAAGAACAGUAUCUCAAUCAAAGGCUGACAGUGUUCUUGAAAAACCAGCUGCUAGUAACACCAAAGUUGCCAGUAGCCAAACAUCUGAAAAACAAUCAACUGGAAUUGAAAAGGCUGAACUCACCCUUGAGGAGACAGUCCAGCUUACCUUGAACAAAAUACUGCAAAUUUCAGUGAAUGUGGACAGUUCAGGGUCAUCACCUAAGCUCUUUUCAUUGGCUGCACAGUCAUCUUCAAUGGUCAUCAAACGAAAUGAACUUCCCGAAAACCAGGCAGAAAUACCAAAGAAGGUUGAGAAACUUCUCUCAAAAGCACUCCACCUAGAAUUGGAUCCUUUACGGAGCGCUCUAAAAUGUUACGAUGCUUGCCAAUGCCUGCCACCAGACUUCAAAGGCAAAGCAAGCCAAGAACAUGUUUGGGGCUCGGUAACUGCGGUGGCAAAAAACACCUGUUUCCACACCGUAAAGAAGCAGCUUAUACAUGAGGAUGUGGAGGACGACCUCUGGGAAGGAUUCAAGAAGACUUCGCUUCACCCACAACAGGAUGUGUCUCUGUGCUUUCUGGGUUGCCUGUCUGGUUGGUCUCCCGAUGGCGUGUCGGUGUCUCCAGAGCUACUCUCUCGUCUUCUCGAAGAGGGGCACAACAAUAAAAGCACCCGGGAGACUUUUCGUGAAAUGAUAAUAUGCGCUGGGAGGUAUGUCAACAGCAUCGAAAGAUUGGACGAGGUCGCGAUCCAGUGUAGCAGUGUGUUAAAGGGGGUUGAAGCUCUGUUAAAGCAGCCACAAAUGGUGCAGUUCAUUGCGAAAUGGCUAGAAGAGGAGACUGACCGGAAGGAACCGACCGAGUAUUUCCAGAAAAGCUCGAUCUUUGCACUGUUCCUCUCGCUCACCUCCCUAGAGAUGAGGAUUAACGGAAAGUCCCGCGCCUCGUUACCAUUCAAGGAGCUGCCACACUUCCCUCGACCUUUCAAGACAGAUAGUGAUAGAGUCCAGAGCCAAAUAUUGGAUGCUUUGCAUUCCUGUCAGAAUAUCGUAUACAAAGCUUUGCGAGCUGUGCUGACAAAACACCACGAAAGUGCUAUGUCUUGGUUGUCAGCAGUUAUCACCUAUAUGGACAUGCGUACUGUACUAACUCUAGGUCAGGACGAAGCUGUAGUGGCUACAGAUGGGUAUAUGAUGAACUUGUGCUCAGUACUCCUUCAAUUUUGCGAGCCUUUCUUCGUCGUCAAGGGAACCAACAAAAUUGUAGAUAUCCAGAGCGGGUACCCUGUGUCAAAGGCGUGCCGAUUAGAUUAUUCGGAGGAACGGACAAUGACAGGCCUACACUUGGGUGAAGAAGGCGAAGAGAGACAGCAGCAGAAGUACAAGCUGAGUGAAGACCUUCGAGGUCAGUUCAACCUCAAAAGCGAAAUGUUCCACUUGACACACCGCGCCCUCCAUAUCGGCUUGACCAACACCUUGCAGCACUACAGCAGGCUACUCAGAAAGUAUGCGUCCUUAAAAGAUGUAGUUCAGGGCAAAGAAAACUCCUCUCACGUGGAGGCGCUGCUCACGCUUUUUGUGUGUCAGUGGAACACAGUGAUCGAAGAUCUCUUGUUUGUGCACAUGUGCUCUGAGUUCUAUAUCACCACUGCAGCGUGGAUUACUAGACACGUGGAGGAGGUGGACACCAAGAAUCCGGAGGAUCAGAUAGCUGCCGACGCAAGGUGUCGAGAGUUCCUCUCGAGUCUGCCCGAAUUCUACAUCAAGGACAUGUGUUUGUGGUUCAAGUUCAUGGCCAUGCAUAACUCACAGGCGCUCAAAGGACUCAACGUAUACGUGUUUGUGAACUGCGUAGCUAUCCUGAUGAAUAACAGGGUUUGUGUUCCCGGUCCUAUGGUCGCCAGUAAGAUUGUCUCUGCUCUUCUUGCAUUCGCCGAAUGCUGCUCUUCCAAGAGAGAGAAGGAGCAUCUUUUAGAAACAGCUUCUUGGGGAAGCGGUGUCGAGGGAGACCUGACAGCUUGUGUGGUCACGUGCCAAGCGAUCAAAGCUAAACUCAUCCCAGCCCUCACUCACACCUACACGUCCGUGGACGUUGUCGAGGGACUGGACGUCGACAAAGAAGAGUUUGAUAAGUUUGGCACCAGAGUUGAGGUGGUUCGGUUGCUUCAGUUUCUGUGGACAGACCCGGAACAUGGUCGAGAUUCACUCAAGUCUGAGUGUGGAAAAGAAUCAUUUCAGGGCUUUCUGAACGCCAUUCUCGACAGCCUAAUGUAUCUCUUGAGUGACGGUCUCUCCCGAGUCGCACAUGUCGCUAAACUACAGAGAAGUCACAAGGAAGAGGAAAAUCCUGACAGCUUGGAUCUGCAAGAUCAAGAAAAAGCUCAGUUUCUAAGAAACGAGGAACACGUAUCCAAGUCAUUCAUGCAUGCGGCGACUGCUACUCUUGAUUUCCUCGCUAUAAUCACAGAAGAAGAAAAUGUGGCCCGGUGUUUCCUGCGAUCCCCAAUAACACAGAGAACAGCCUCUGCGAUCAUUGGCUUCUUGGACUCACUAGUCGGGCCAAAGUCACUUGAUCUCAAGGUCAAGAACAUGGAGAAGUACUCAUUUAACCCUCGCGAUCUGCUAGUCAAGUUGAUCUCAAUCCUAUUGCACAUUUCAAAUUCCGCUGCUGCUGAGGGGGAGCCGUUAUUCGCCCGGUGUAUCACCGCUGACCCAGACUACAUCAGGGACAACCUCCAAAGGGCUCUUAGAAUCCUGAAAAGAGAGGGACUGGUAGCCGAGGAUACGCUUGUCAGUCUUAGAAGCUUCGUGGUUAAGUGCGAUGAAAUACAAGAAGCGGAGACUGCUGGCCCGAUCAGCAGGUCAGCGGAUAGCAGCGCAGAGAGCCCAGAGCAAACCCCCUCCACAGGGGACGGGCAAGUCACACAUUCUGCUAAUUACCCCUCAGAAGCAAGUGGUACUCCUGUGGAUGAGACAGCUGCGAGUUCAAGGGAUGAGGAGGAGAAUGGGGGCAGCGCCCAGGAGGGUGCCACUACUGUCACUCAGGAGGGGAGAGAGGAGAUUUACAUUGUUGCUCUUCAGGAUGCACGCUACGAUACCAUGGACCUGCUGGACUACACGGCGUUCCAGUCAUGCCGAGCCCAGCCUCCGUGCCAAAGGUCCGGGACCAUCAAGGCACUCAUGCACGAAGUCACCCAGUUGCGAUGCAGUCUUCCCAUCCAUCCAAACUCAUCCGUCUUCGUGCGACAGGAUGAAAACCGCAUGGAUUUUGCACGUGCGUUAGUCACGGGUCCUGUUGACACCCCAUACAGUCGAGGCUGCUUUGUCUUCGACAUCUUUUUCCCAGGGACAUACCCAAACGUACCUCCGUUGGUCAAGCUUAUCACUACAGGCAACGGGACAGUCCGAUUUAAUCCAAACUUAUAUGCUGAUGGAAAGGUGUGUUUGAGCCUGCUUGGUACAUGGUAUGGUGGUGUUGCUAGCGAGAAAUGGGACCCGAAAAAGUCCUCCCUUUACCAGGUUCUGCUUUCCAUCCAAGGCAUGAUCCUUAUUCCGGAUCCGUGUUUUAACGAACCAGGUUAUGAGGGAAUCCGGAACACUGAUGAGGGAGAGAUUUUGUCACGUGAGUACAAUGCCGCCAUCCGAUUGGCUACUGUGCGUCACGCAAUGACUGGUCAAUUGCGAAGUCCUCCAGCAGGCCUAGGGAACAUUAUCAUGAGCCACUUCUUGCUCCAGAAGGACGACAUCCUUCAGCAGUGUGCUGAUUGGUUGAGGCAAUGUGUCACGCCUGAUGAGGAGAGGCGCCUAAGGCGAGCAGUUGAGGAACUUAAGACAGAGCUUGAUAAGCUAUAGUGUAGGAAAAUUACCUCCUUAAAAGGAACAAUAAACAGAGCAUGAAUAGCUAUAGAGAGGGAGAGGGAUAUUCGGUUGCAAUAAUAUUGGAUAUCACUCCUUAGUAGAAAAUUACCACAGGAACAGUAAACAGAGAUUGAAUAGCUAUAGAGAGAUAUUGGGUUGCAAGAAUAUUGGAUAUCACUCCUACCACUCCUGUGUAGGAUAAUUUCCUCCUUAGAAGGAACAGUAAACAAAGCUUGAAUAGCUAUAGAAAAAGGGGGGACCCAUGAACACACCCAGAUGUAGGGGAGACAGGCUAUAGUGUAGUAUGUUCCAGGCCUGAGGAGGAAAAAUACCAAAGGCUAGUUGAUGACGAGCUUUAGAGCUAAAGGGGGGGUGUGUGCCUAACUCUUGUAGCCAUAUGCGGGGAGGGGGUAGGGGGCUGGAUUGGCAGGUUCUAAUAACAGAUCUACAUAUUUUAGAAAACUCUGGGGCCCAAUGACCAUACUUGACCUCACACUGGUUAUAAUAGUUCAAAGAGGGUUGUAAGAAAAUGUCCUGUUUUUUUCCCUGAUGGACACAAGCCAUACAAUAUUUUAUUUUAGCUGUGUGUUGAAGAUAUUGCUCAUGGAAACAAUGACACACCUGUCAACUCUCCCACAUUUGGCGGGAAUCUCAAGAUUUUGGACAGCUCUUCUCCCGUGUUGAGCACUAGAUCUCUCGCAUUUUAGCGAUUUUUAUAACUCCCAGAAAAAAAAUCGACAUUUUGCCUAUUUUCUAUUAAAAUAUUUAAAACAAUAAUUCCCUUGCAUACCACAUUAAGUCUAACACCCUCGUGAGAUUAUAAGUGAAUUUGUGUCCAACAGCCCCCCAAAGGAAAUAUACCCCUCUCCCAAAAAAAUCUUUAAGGGGCAGCGUCAUGGUACUGCACAUGUCUGGAGUCAGUGUUUAUUGUAGGCUUUUAUUUGUCUACAAACAGCUGAACUUUAAGCUAUCAAAGGAGAGCUAUUGCAAAGCUCUUACAGUGACACUGCCCCUUUAAGCCUUGAGAUUUUCUGGGGUUAAAAGGUAUGCAAUGGUUUUCAUUGAACUACAUAAUUGCAAUAGGUUUAAUCUCCUUCUGAGUGGUAGGGGGUUAUCUUUCUAAACAAUUCUCUUGCUGUUAGUUUGAUCUAGUGGUUUUCAAAAACCUGUGAAAUACUAUUUAGUUCAUUAGUACUAAUACACUGUAAUGUCAUUGUUGGUUCUGGGUUGGCUAUUACACUUAAACAAUUACUUUUGUUGAACAGGAUGCGCGGCUUACACAGGGGUGUGUGGCGGAAGCUGGGAAUGUCUGCAGGAUUUUGAAAACCACUCUAGUUUCCCUAGAAGAAUAGGUAUAUGUCAGUUUUCGUAAAUCCGUCCAAGGCCCCCUAGAAUUGUUCAUGUUUGUAUUGUAAAAAUACAUAUAUCGAUGGAUUCACUUUCAAAAUACUAAGGUAAUAAAAGGUUAUGAUAACA